AUGUUGCAACGGUUUGCUUGAGCAAACUGAGUACGCUGCGCUCCACAGUGGGAGUGCUCAGCGUGGUGGACGAACGGGUCAAGUUGCACAAAUCCAGGGGCGCGGCUCCGACUACCAGCCCUACGGAUAUCGUCAAUCGACUCUCUUCCAGUUCUCCUUUCGGCAGACACGUGCAUGGCCCCAUGCACUGAAUUCCAUGCGUCUUGCAGGCCUGCGGAUCCCUCCGAAAGCUACGUAUGGCGCCCUGUUGGAGCUACGACUGGGUUGGCAGUAUUGUUUGUAAAGUGGCUGCCCCCAGGGCUCUCUGUAUCUGCAAUCCUAACCUCCGCGGCCAUCUUCGACCGAUUACUCGCGCUGAACCGCUUCCCCGCGCCACAUCACCAGACAACAGAAGCAUGCCGCAUGCGCUCUAGAGAUUUUCGCACUUGUUGUGAUCUUUAGGGCCGGGCCCACACCCGACUCUCUUUGAGCCUGUACCCACCAUGUCGACGGGUGCGGAUUGGAUCUCGCAACAUGACCUCCUCCGGAGCGAUUAUGCCAUGCUCGGCACCACCUCGACUGUGUUUGCAAUACGUGUUGCGGUCCAGAUAUGGCGACGAAGGCCGAUCGAAGCGCAAGACAUCUUGCUUGUAAUUGCUUUCCUGGCCUAUCUCGCCUUUACCAUUCUCUACAUAGUGAUUACGCCCACUUUCUUCAAACUGCAAGCGCUGGCAGCAGGCCAGAUUGUGCCAUGGCCAACGAUGGCGGCAGAUCUCAGGUUCGCAUCUGAAGUUAUGUGGCAAAGUGGCAUGGAGUACUGGACAUGUCUUUGGUUUGUCAAGUUUUCACUGUUGGCGCUCUACAAGAAGCUGCUCGCCGGGAUGCCCAGGACAUAUCUAUGGGUCUGGUGGGGAAUAUUAGUGUUUUGCGUUGUGACUUGGGCAACCUGUAUCAUAACAGGUCCAGGCCUGGCAUGUAACGACACGAAGGCGUUCUUUGAAAAAGGCAAACAGUGCCUAUCGCUUGAGGAGACGCGGCGACAGACAGCAAACCUUUACUACGCAUAUGCGGUCGACACACUGACCAAUCUUAUGGUCAUGUUCCUGCCGAUAAGACUCAUUUGGAAUCUCCAGAUGGAGAAAGCGAAGAAAAUUGGAUGUGGACUCCUCUUCGCUUCUGGUUUUGUUUGUAUACUCUUUUCGACUAUUCGCAUCGUUCAGGUUGGUCAGGAUGGGAAGCCGAAGUCACCAGAUCCGAAAUGGCUUACCUUAUGGACGAUUGUGGAGUGCUCAACAGCUGUGAUGAUUGGCUGCUGCCCAAUGCUUGCGUCUGUUGUGCCAAAGAGUUGGUCCCGUCCUUCGAACCGGGCGUCGUUCAACGCAGAAGGCUACGUCGACCAGUCACCCAACGGAUCAGACGAGAGUGGAUCAAAAAGUCAACGUUUUCGUAAUAUGCAUAGCUCCAAGAGUCGAAAAAAGCGCAGUGAAAAGUCUUCGCAACAAGUCAGCGUAGCCACUCAAGAUGAGCUCCCAGAACGCCGAACCGGAGGUACCGGUAUCAGGAUCACAGAUGAAAUGCGUGAACAGCACAUGCGACGAAUGGAAGAGAACCGGCACAUGGAGGAAGGGCGCUCGAAAGGCCAGCCACAGGACGUGUAAGUAGGUUUGUAGCUGCCAGUAAUUCAUUUCAAGAAUAAAACAAUCUCACAAG